GCGGUCGCCCCGUAAGCUGCGCGCCCACGGGCGGCUUAAGCGGAGAUGGCAGCCACUCUGCAGCGCAUCGAGCGGCUGUCCAGCCGGGUGGUGCGCGUCCUGGGCUGUAACCCGGGCCCCAUGACCCUGCAGGGCACCAACACCUACCUGGUAGGGACCGGCCCCAGGCGAAUCCUCAUUGACACUGGAGAACCAGCAAUUCCAGAAUAUAUCAUCUGUUUAAAGCAGGCUCUGAACGAAUUUAACACAGGAAUCCAGGAAAUCAUCGUGACUCACUGGCAUCGUGAUCAUACUGGAGGCAUAGGAGAUAUUUGUAAAAGCAUUGAUAAUGACACUCCAUAUUGCAUUAAAAAACUCCCACGGAAUCCUCAUACAGAAGAAACUAUAGGAGAUGGAGAGCAAAAAUAUGUUUAUCUAAAAGAUGGAGAUUUGAUUAAGACUGAGGGUGCCACUCUCAGAAUUAUAUACACACCUGGCCACACUGAUGAUCAUAUGGCUCUACUUUUAGAAGAGGAAAAUGCUCUCUUUUCUGGAGAUUGCAUCCUAGGGGAAGGAACAACUAUAUUUGAAGACCUCUAUGAUUAUAUGAACUCCCUAAAACAGUUAUUGAAAAUCAAAGCUGAUAUUAUAUAUCCAGGACAUGGUCCCGUAAUCCAUAAUGCUGAAGCUAAAAUCCAAGAAUACAUUUCUCACAGAAAUAUUCGAGAACAGCAGAUUCUUCAAAUAUUUCAUGAAAAUUUUGACAAAUCAUUUACAGUAAAGGAGCUUGUAAAAAUUAUUUACAAGAAUACUCCUGAGAAUUUACAUGUCGUGGCUGAACGUAAUCUCUUGCUUCAUUUGAAAAAAUUAGAAAAAGAUGGAAUGAUAUUUAGCAACACUGAUCCUGAAAAGAAAUGGAAAGCUCAUCUUUAGUUUCGUGUUAGUGAAAGUUCUGUUGUUCUGUUUUAGAGAA